AUGAAACCUGGUCAUGAGCUUCCCUCCGCUCCCCCCCUGCCUGCCAGUCUCCCCCUCCUCCUCCCAAACCAUCUCAAACUACCACACACCAACCAACAACACACCAACAACACACCAACACUAACCACUAACAUGGGAAACAACCCAUCAAAGAAACUUAGGACAAGACUAAGAGAACGCGAACCAUCAAUCACCGAAGAACCACCAGCAGACUACGAACCAACCCACUCAUCCUCACCACAACACCAACAACAUCAACAACAACAACAACAACAACAACAUCAGCAUCAUCGAAAGAAUAACUCAAUCAGCGAAUCAACACCACAACCAACUCAAUCCUCAUCAUCAAAACCACUCGAAAACAAUCAACAGCAGCAGCAACAGCAGCAGCAGCAGUAUCAGCAACAACAAACUAACAACUCAAACAACGACCACCAGCAGCAGCAACUCAACAACGAGAACAACUCAACCAUCCUCGCAAACAGACCCAACCCAGUCCUACAGACCAACGGAUUCACCAACACACUAUCAACAACAACAACAACAACCACAAAUCAAGCCUUCGAUAUCGAUGAGAUCAUCAACCGACUACUCGAUGUAGGAUACAGUACCAAGAUCACCAAAUCCGUCUGUCUCAAGAACUCCGAGAUCACUGCCAUCAGUCUCGCUGCCAGGGAGGUCCUCCUCAGCCAACCCACCCUCAUCGAACUCAGUCCGCCCGUCAAGAUCGUCGGCGACGUCCAUGGCCAAUACUCUGACCUCAUCCGCCUCUUCGAGAUGUGCGGAUUCCCACCGAUGGCUAAUUAUCUCUUCCUCGGCGACUACGUCGAUCGUGGUAAACAGAGCUUGGAAACUAUCCUCCUCCUGCUCUGCUACAAGAUCAAAUAUCCUGAAAACUUCUUCCUCUUACGCGGCAACCACGAAUGCGCCAACGUCACCAGAGUGUAUGGAUUCUACGACGAAUGCAAACGAAGAUGCAACAUCAAGAUCUGGAAGACGUUUAUCGAUGUGUUCAACUGUCUGCCGAUCUCGGCGGUCGUCGCCUCGAAGAUCUUCUGCGUCCACGGCGGCCUGUCCCCCUCCCUGUCGACGAUGGACGACAUCCGUCGGAUCCAGCGGCCCACCGACGUCCCCGACUUCGGCCUCCUCAACGAUCUCCUCUGGUCCGACCCCUCCGAUACCGCCACCGAUUGGGAAGAUAACGAACGCGGCGUCUCGUAUUGCUUCGGCAAAAGCGUCAUCGCUGAGUUCUUGGCUAGAUACGAUUUCGAUCUUAUUUGUAGGGCUCAUAUGGUCGUCGAAGAUGGCUAUGAGUUUUGGAAUGAACGGACAUUAGUCACGAUUUUCUCGGCACCAAACUAUUGUGGAGGUACUUCUUCUUGA